AUGUUAACGAGAAAAUCGUCUACGAUACAAGACGUAACUGCAUCACUCAAAGCACCAAUCAAGAAGAGAAAGGCGGAUAAGCUCGUCAUUCAAACCAAGGAUGAACCAGUUGUUGACCCACUCCAACAGAAGUCCCCCAAUGAACUCGUAAUCGAGUUCGUCUAUCCAACCUUAUGCUUCCGAGAUCUCCUACUUGUUGAUUGUGGUGAGCAACUUCUGGUGAUACUCGGGUCCCCAUUCAAGUCCUUUUCGUCAAAAGUUGUGGCUGAUAGCUCCAUCUCGUUCACAGUGUACAUUGGCAACCCCCUUCUGACGCUAAGUGACUCAAUGAAGAAGAUUGUUGGCAGACAUAAAGAGUGGUUGACAAAGAAGGAGGUGGAGUACCAAGUCGUUAUCAACUUUGCUUUCACCUUCAAAGAUAAGGUUAUGAAUCCGUAUGACACAGCAGUCAACUGCCGCGCCUUCACCAUUGUGAAGGCAUCAGAUGGACAAAGGAUUGAUUGGUGA